AUGGCAUCAAGCAAGGUUUCCAUAGUGCUUUUCAUUACCAUGAUCGUUUUUCUGGCAUCCUCUAACGUUGGAGAAGCCUUGAGAUGGCGAACAGACCACACAUGCUACCAUAAGUGCGACAUAGCUUGCAUAAAUCAAAGAGGCCAUGACGAGGGUCGUUGCCAGGGUUAUUGCAACCACUAUUGCUCUGUUUUGGAUUGGAAAUAUAGAUGGCCUAUAGAAACUUUUGAAGUGGAGGGGAUAAAGCUUCAGAGCUACUAA